GGGGACAGGAGGGUCAAGUGGCAGAAGUUCCCCUUCUCCAGUACAGAGGAACUGGGGGGGGGGUGGUAGGAGGGAGGCCAUUUCCUGAACCCCACUUCUCAGAUUCAGCACCUAGAGCAGAACCAGGAAGGAUUCUGGGAGCCAGAGAGGACUGACCAACGUUCAAGAGGGUGGAGACCAGAGUGGGGAAGAACCCGGCCGGGGGGAAUGAGCCGGGCAUGGGGAAGGGGGCCUUUCUUAAGGCAGGAGUUCCCUGCACAGCGAUCUCCAGUAUCUCAAGUAGAGUGGCCACAGGAACGCCACAUAACGGCGGGGUUCAUGGUCCGGCGGGUGCUAGCGGCUGGCCUGCUUUUCAGUCUGCUCCUUGGUUCUUCUGUGCUUUUGGUCUACAUCUUCCGGAGCUGUGGCCCUAGGCCCUGCAGGACGCCCGAGUGUCAUGAUCUUCAGGCUCGUUACCUGGCCUCUGGGAACACCAGUGUGGCCCCCUGCACCGACUUCUUCAGCUUUGCCUGUGGAGACGCCCAAGGCACCAAGAGCUCUUUUCAGGCUCUUGCAGAGGAGAACAAGAGGAGACUUCGGAAAAUACUGGAAAAGCCAGGUUCCUGGCACCUGGGCACUGGGGAGGACAAAGCUUUCCAGUUCUACAGCUCCUGUGUGGACACAGGUGCCAUCGAAGCCGAAGGGGCUGCCCCCCUCAGACAAGUCAUUGAGGAGCUUGGAGGCUGGCGAAUCUCCGGUAAUUGGACUUCCUUAGACUUUAACCGAACCCUGAGCCUUCUGAUGAGUCAGUAUGGUUAUUUCCCAUUCUUCAGAGCCUACCUGCAACCUCAUCCUACCCUUCCACACACGCCAGUCAUUCAGCUGUCUCCUAUAGCACCUUCCCCAUCCUCCCACACCUGUCCUCUCCUCCCUCCACGCUCCCUACUUCUCUCCAGUAUCUCUUGUGUCCAGAUAGACCAGCCAGAGUUUGAUCUUCCCCUCAAGCAAGAGCAGGAACAGAAGAUCUAUGCUCAGAUUGUGCGGGAAUACCUGGCUUAUCUGAGUCGGCUGGGAGCCUUGCUAGGAGGAGACCCAGACAAGGUGCAACAACAUGCCUUCCUGUCCAUCUCCAUUACCUCACAGCUGUUUCAGUUUCUGAGGCCCCUGGAGCAGCAGCAGGCACAGAAGAAGCUCUUUCAGCUGGUCACUAUUGACCAACUGCAGGAAAUGGCCCCUGCCAUCGACUGGUUGUCCUGCUUGCAAGCGACAUUCACGCCAAUGUCCCUGAGACCCUCCCAGCUCCUCCUAGUCCAUGACCUGGAGUAUUUGAAAAACAUGUCUCAGCUGGUGGAAGAGCAGCUGUUGAAAUACAGAGACUUUCUGCAGAGCCACAUGAUCUUGGGGCUGGUGGGGACCCUCUCUCCAGCCCUGGACAGUAAGUUCCAGGAGGCACGCAGAUCACUGAUCCAGAAACUGCGGGAGCUGACCCAACGACCACCCAUGCCCACCAGCCCUCGAUGGAUGAAGUGCGUAGAGGAGACAGGAGCCUUCUUCGAGCCUACCCUGGCAGCCUUGUUUAUUCAUGAGGCCUUCAGUCCGAAAACCCAAAGUGCUGCCAUGGAACUAUUCACUGCAAUCAAGGACACCCUCAUUGCUCGCCUCAGGAGGGUUCCCUGGAUGGAUGAGAAGACCCGGAAAGAGGCCCAGGAUAGGGUCACCCAACUGCAGGUGAAGAUGGGGGGCCCAGAAUGGGCCCUGAAGCCAUCACUGGCCAGGGAGGAAUACAACGAUAUACAGCUUGGACCCAGCUACCUGCAGUCCUUCCUGAGCUGUGUCCGAUCUCUCCGAGCUAGAAUUGUCCAGAACUUCUUGCAGUCUUUCCCCCAGCACAGGUGGCAGGUGUCCACCUGGGGGGUCAGUGCUUACUAUUCAAUAUCUGACCAUGUGGUGGUCUUCCCAGCCGGACUCCUCCAACCUCCAUUCUUCCACCCUGGCUACCCCAGAGCCGUGAACUUUGGCGCUGCUGGCAGCAUUAUGGCCCGUGAGCUGCUGCGCAUCUUCUCCCAGCUGUUACUCCCUGAGGGCUGCCCAGCCUGUGACACCCAUGCCCUACAGGGGGCGCUUCUGUGCCUGAAACGCCACUACCAAUCCAUUCCGUUACCCAGCGGACUCUCCUUCAAUGGCUCUUGGACACUACUGGAGAAUGCCGCCGACAUCAGGGGGCUGGCCAUUGCACUGCAGGCGUACAGCAGGAGGCUGUUAGGGUACUACGGAGAGACCAUCCUGCCCAACCUGGACCUCAGCCCUCUACAGCUCUUCUUCCGAAGCUAUGCCCAGGUGAUGUGUAGGGAGCCCAGCACCUGGGAACCCCAGGAUCCUCACAGCCCUCCCAUGCUUCGAGUACAUGGGCCCCUCAGCAACACGCAAGCCUUUGCCAGACACUUCCACUGUCCGCGUGGUGCCCUCAUGAACCCCUCCAAACGCUGCCAGCUCUGGUAACCUGGCUACCACAGAGACUCCAACUUAGAUGUAACAACACCUCCCUGCCCCAUCCAUGGAAUCAGACGCUAUCUCCUUUCCCUUUCCCUUCCAAAAAUAAAAGCUGGCACUUGGCUUCUGACUGUC